UUCAAAUAAUCAUUAAAGACUUGGCAACAUGUGUUGCUAUGGAAACAGCAUUUUGAAACAUGUUAUCAUAAAAUACAACUCUAACAUAAAACUUUUUAAUGAUACUGUAAUUUAAACUAUAUGAAGUUUUUUUUUCUAAAAAAACAAUAGUACAAAUAUGUGGGAAAGAAAUAAGAUUUAAAAAAUGUUGCUUUCAAGAACUAAACCUGCUCAAACUACUGGGAAUGCAAUUGCUUCAGAAUCGAAAAGCAGAUCCAAAGUUCCUACCUUAGAGGAAUUUGUCAAAAAUAGAGAUUUUACUGGAGCUCUUACAUUAUUAGAGUUUACUCGCAAUAGUGGAAAGGGUGAUUUGAAAAAUGAUUUAUGGAUUGCUUAUUGUUCUUUUCAUCUCUCUGAUUACAAAAGAGCCAUGGAGGAGUAUACUCGAAUUCUAAAAAAACCUGAUGUUCCCUUAGAAGUCUGGACAUUUAUAGCAUGUUGCUAUUUUUAUCUUGGAAUGUACAAAGAAGCUGAUACUGCUGUUGCAAAAGGUUCAAAAUCUGAACUCCAAAAUAGACUGCAGUUCCAUCUGUCACAUAAGUUUGGUGAUGAGAAACUACUUAUGGUAUAUCAUCAACAGCUGAAAGAUAUACUAGAAGAUCAACUCUCACUUGCCUCUAUACAUUACUUGCGAUCACAUUAUCAAGAAGCUAUAGAUAUCUAUAAGCAUAUACUUCUGGACAACAGGGAAUCUAUUGCCUUAAACGUAUACGUUGCAUUAUGCUAUUAUAAACUUGAUUACUAUGAUGUUUCCCAGGAAGUGCUUGCUGUUUAUUUACAACAUUAUCCUGAUAGCGCUACUGCUAUUAAUUUAAAAGCCUGCAAUCACUUUCGCCUUUAUAAUGGAAAAGCAGCUGAAGCUGAACUCAAAAGUCUUCAAGAUAUGUCAUCUCCUUCUUUUACUUAUGCAAAAGAUUUGAUUCGACAUAAUCUAGUUGUUUUCCGAGGAGGCGAAGGAGCUUUGCAAAUAUUGCCUCCCUUAGUUGAUGUAUUUCCUGAAGCUCGCUUGAAUUUAGUGAUUUAUCAUUUAAAACAAGAUAAUGUUCAAGAAGCUUUUAAUUUGAUUAAAGAUUUAGAACCUGCAGUUCCACACGAAUAUAUUUUAAAAGGUGUUGUUAAUGCAGCAAAUGGCCAAGAACAAGGAUCUAGAGAAUAUCUAAAAGUUGCUCAACAAUACUUUCAACUCGUUGGUGGCUCAGCUAGCGAAUGUGAUACAAUACCUGGAAGACAGUGUAUGGCUUCAUGUUUCUUCUUGCUGAAGCAGUUUGAUGAUGUUUUACUAUAUCUUAAUUCAAUCAAAAGUUACUUUUACAAUGAUGAUACAUUUAAUUUUAAUUUUGCCCAAGCGAAAGCAGCUACAGGAAAUUUUAAGGAGGCUGAAGAGGUGUUUUUGCUCAUACAGAAUGAAAAAAUUAAGAAUGAUUAUACUUAUUUGAGCUGGCUUGCUCGUUGCUAUGUCAUGAAUAAAAAACCUCGUCUAGCGUGGGAAUUAUAUUCAAAGCUAGAGCAUUGCAAUGAGUCAUUUAGCCUCCUUCAACAAAUAGCAAAUGACUGCUAUAAGAUGGGUCAGUUCUUCUAUGCUGCCAAAGCAUUUGACAUACUUGAAAGAUCAGAUCCAAACCCUGAGUUCUGGGAGGGUAAAAGAGGUGCUUGUGUAGGAGUCAUUCAGAUGAUCAUAGCCGGGCAUGAACCCAGUGAAUCCCUGCAAGAAAUUUUUCAAAUUUUGAGAACAUCAACAAAUCCUCAGGCAGAAAAAAUUUUAAGAGUAGCUAAAACUUGGGCAAAAGAGAGCAAACUGCCCAUAUAAUAGAUCAAAUCACCUUCUAAUCACAUAAAUUUAUUUUCAUACAAAAUGUGCAAUAGAACAUUCUAGUCAUAGUAGUGCCUUUACAGUUACUUAAGUUUAUUUUGCAUAUCAAAUGUCUCACUCUUACAUUAUUAUAGAAAUGAAAUUUCAUAAUAAAAUAUCAUAAAACAUGU